UCCAGCAGCGGCAUCAUUCGCGAGCUCCACACGAGCGCGCGUGCACUGCAAGUAGUGUUUUGUUCGCCGCAUACCAGUGACCGCUUAGACUAGAAUCUGAUGAAAACAAAGGAGCUGCAAUCUGUUCAGAAGUGCUGGCGAGAAGAUUUUAAAGAGGGGGCGACUUCUGUGGAUGUGAGAGUACACGAGCCGCUAAAACUUUUUUCGAACGCGAGUUCUUCCGGUAAUCGGCAUGCGACCGAAAACGUGAUACUUCUGAGUCGGGAGACUGACUUCGAGAGUUCUGUCUCGGAUUCCCAAAGCGGACAGAAAGGAGAACGUGAGGAGAGCCAUGAGUUUUGCGUCUCGCCGUGGGACAUGGAAAGAGUCUCAGAAGGAGGUGCCGUGACUCCAGGCAGAGUUUCGGAGGAAAAUGUGAACCAGUGCCUGAACACACCAGACUUUUUAGUAGACUUCAGCUGUUCGUCUCCGUUAGCAAACCAUAAAAUGACCAAAAGUACGUUGCAACCCUUCUCCGUGUCAGGUCGGCUGGGUGGAGAAGUGGAGCAACACGCUUCAAACCCGUUCCCUAGGAUUAUUCCCAAACUGAUAGUCACCCAUGAUGAUUUUGGACCCGGUCAGGACAGUCCGCACAUCGGUGAUUUGACUUUAAGCAUGGGCGGCUUUUCACUGGACCUGCAUCCCGAUGAGGACUCGCCCUGCUCGGACAGCGGCUGCGGAGGCUCCCCUGCGCCCUCUCUGCUCCACAGGAAACUGUCCAGCUCCUCCUCUGCUGGAUUAUCUUCUGCCUCGUCGUUUGAGGAAUCUGAGGAUGAUUUCACGGGCAGUGACCUUGAGCCCGGCAGUCUGUCCCCCAACAUGAUCGGCAGUCCUGAUGAACUGACAGGGGCUAAAUCGUGGAGGAAGUUAAAGACCAUGGUGCAUUGCUCUCCAUUUGUGGUUUCAUUUAAGAAACUAUAUCCUUGGGUUCAGCUCGCGGGCCACGCAGAUCAUUUCCAGGCAGGCGAGUAUGGGAAACUGUUGAAGAAGUAUUGUGAAUGUGAGCAGCAGUGUCUCGAGAAGCUGAUGAAUGACAACCUCCAGCCAUUUGUUCCUGGAUACUAUGGUACUGUGCAGCAGAACGACCAGGAUUACAACCUUAUGGAUGAUCUGCUGACACACUUCGACUCCCCUUCAAUCAUGGAUUGCAAGAUGGGAAGCAGGACAUACCUGGAAGAAGAGCUGGUGAAGGCUCGUGAGCGUCCUCGUCUUAGGAAGGACAUGUAUGAAAAAAUGGUGGCAGUGGAUCCAGGAGCACCCAGUCCAGAGGAAAGAGCCCAGCAGGCGGUUCUCAAACCUCGAUACAUGCAGUGGAGGGAGACACUGAGCUCCACCGCCACUCUUGGCUUCCGCAUAGAGGGCAUCAAGAAAGCAGAUGGCACAUGCAACACCAACUUUAAAAAAACCAAACAUAAGGAGCAGGUGAUGAAGGUCUUGUGUGACUUUGUGGAUGGAAACACACAGUUACUGAGGAGUUAUCUACAGAGGCUGGAGGAGCUGCGCAACGCUCUAGAGACGUCAGAGUUCUUCAGGACACAUGAGGUGGUUGGGAGUUCUUUGCUGUUCGUGCACGAUGCUUCAGGCCUGGCCCGAGUAUGGAUGAUAGACUUCGGUAAAACCGUCCCACUGCCACCACCCCAAACCCUGGACCACCGCACACCCUGGGCUGAGGGAAACCGUGAGGACGGGUACCUGUGGGGUCUGGACAACCUCAUUCAGAUCUUUGGAGACAUGCUGCAGGACGCGACCUCACCCUGAUGGAUGCACAGAAACGUGCCUAAGCCCGAAGCAUCACGUGUAGGGACAUGCUGAUGGAGGGAGGCACACAACAGGAUACUAGUCCUGAGAUGAGUGUGCUCUCGAGCUGUCGGAGAGAUAAAAGCGAACAAAAUACGAGUGGAAAAAGUCUAGCACAUUUUGUCGACAAGCUUUUUGUUUCUUUUUUUUUUUUUUGCACGUGUGGUCCUGCAGAUCCACAGAAGCUCCACCACAGUCAAAAGACAGAUACUGAACCCAAACAGACUUGAGGAGCAACAGAACUAUCGUUUUAAGGGCGCACCGCGAUGUUUAUUCA